ACUUCCUGUUGAAUGAGACUGUUUCUAAUAAAGGUUGUAUGUGUAAUAACAGAGCCAUUUUAUUCGAGAAGCCGACGUGGCUACCGGCUAACUAAUCCAUUUCACAAUGAAAAUAUUGCAAUGGUUUAUCGUCGUGGCAUCUGUAUUAGGAAUAAGCUUAGCUGCUACAGAUAUUACACCUUCGACUAAUUUUUAUUUAACUGAAAAUGAUAAACUUAGAUUACUAAAGGUCCUCGAACCAGGAUUUCAACUCAAUGAUGUUCAAUCUACAUUUUAUGCUGUCUUAGGGUACAAAUUGCUGGAUAAAGCUGUUCCUAACUCUUCGGAUGUGUGUAAAUACUUGAUUAAAAAUGCUGGAAUGGACUCUAACAUGACUCCCGAAUCAAUUUUUUUCAUCAUAUCUGCAUGGCAGAGUAUUGGUUCUUGUCAAUCGUUGCCUGUAUCUUCACUAUCAAAAAUAUUAUCUGAAGUGAUAGAAAAAGAUACAUCGACAGUUCCUGACUUGUAUCAUGCCAUAUCUGCGUAUGUUGCUCUGUCUCAGAAAUUAUCACAAUCUACGACAUCAAAAGUUGUCAAAGUUCUACAAGCUGCGUUGAAAAAAGAUGACAAUUUUUUGAAUGUUGGUUAUAUUUAUCAUAUUGCUGCAAACUUAGGGCCAGCUGGAGAUUUUGCUCUAGAUAAGAUUGAAGACACUAUUGUUCAAGCUGAUGAAAUUGACGGUCGCUUUUUGCGAUUUGAAGGUGGUCUUUCAGUUACAAGUCUUUUAGUUACUGGAAUAGCUAAAUUAUCAGCUGCCCGAAAGAAACCUCCACCUGUUACUCCUGAACAAAUCGUCAAAAUUACUAAUUACUUACUCUCAAGACAUUUGGUACAGUCUAUUAAGGGUGCUGCUAUGCUACUAUCUGCAUUAAAAACUAUUGCAUAUAAUGAUUUCAAUAAGCCUAUUUGUAUUACGCUUGCCGAAGGGAAAAACGCUGUAUCCGCUAAACAACCAUUGGUUAAUAUCAAAGUAAGUGAUAUCUUCGGUAAUUCACUUCCAACGGUUCCUACCGUAAUUGCGAACUCUGCGACGAGUUUGGACGACGACGUUGUUGUUAUCAGUAAGAAAAUCUUUACUCCAUCUCCAAAGGAUAAAACUAUUUUUACGAUGAAUUUCAUGAAUAUUAAACCUCAUCGGGGAUUUUACAAAGUAGCAAUUCAAGCAGGAUCAGUUUCGACUACUGUAACAGUUAAAGUUUUAUCUGAAGUCAAACUUAACUAUUUAGAAAUUGGUACUGGUGAUGCUGAUCAAACAACUCAGUCAAAAUUAAUCAAAAUUACUUAUCCGAAGAAACUCGAUCAUAAAAUUGAAGCUGAUUCACAACAAAAACUGGUUAUGAAAUUUUCUUUGUUAGACAUUACAAACAGUAAAUCGAUGCGUGUACAUCAAGCUUUUGUAAGAUUGUCAAAGCUUAUUAAAUCUGUUGAAGAAAAACAACUUCAUGAAGUUAUCUUUGUGGCAGAGCCUGAUGCUUCGAAUAUUUAUAAGUUUGAAAUGCCUGUCGGAAGUGAAGCUCAAACGUUUGGUUAUUAUUCUGGUGAAUAUGACGUUGAUUUGAUUGUUGGUGAUGCGGUCCUUAACAAUUCAUUCCAAUGGCGUGUAGCAACUGUAGAUUUAAAAUUCCCCGAACAAACAGGGAAUGAAGUUGUAAAUAUGAAUAAAUUUGUAGGAUACAGUAAAAAUUCUGCAAUAUUUACACCAAAGUCAGAAAUAAAGCAUAUGUUCCGAGAACCUGAAAAGAGACCACCAGUUUUUAUGUCAAACGUAUUCACUGGCCUUUGUUUAGCUCCAUUAUUGCUUUUAUUUAUUUUAUGGGCAACAUUAGAUGUUAAUAUUUCCAAAUUUCCAUACUCUCUGAGUGCAAUAAUUUUUCACUUUGGAUUAGGUGGAAUUUUUGUACUUUUCGGAAUAUUCUGGUUAAAGCUCAAUAUGUUUGUGACACUACAAUAUCUUCUUGGGCUUGGCAUUACAACGUUCUUAGCAGGCAGCAAACUUCUAUCGCAUAUUGCAUCAAAUCAAAAAGCGUCACGUUAAUUGAUAAAAAGUACUAAAUGUUUUUUUAAGUGACUUAUUCUCAUUUAUCACUCAAAUUGCAUUAAAUAGGAAUUAUCAUUUUAUAAAAAAAGUCAUUAAUAUUAAAUGAUUAAGUAUUAACUUAUAAAUUAAUAAAUUACAUAGCAAUUUAUUAUAUAAUACAAAAUAAAAUAAUUUUUUGUUUUUUUUUGUUGAAUCUUUUUUUUAUUUAUCUAUUUUUAAGUAAUACAAUUAACAAAUUCGGGAACGAUAAUAAUGUUUUAAUCGAAUAACUUUGAGAUAAAUUUCUGUUUGUAGAGACUUGAAUAAAUGACUCACCAAAUUUUUAGUUUAAUUAAAAAAAAAAAAAAAAAAAAAAAAACGAUUUAAUUUACUAGUCGAAAUUUUAAAUUCUCACAUAAAUAGCACCAUUUUUCUAGUAAACAUUGUUUUUCUUUUUUCAAAUUAUUUAAUAAUAAAUUUGCCGUGUUCACUUUAUACCAAAAAAAUUCUAAAUUAUCAAGCUUUCCAUAUAACUGAAGUGAAAUUAAUUAGAAUAAUUGAUUAAAUAAAAAGUAUCAAUACUAAGUUAGAGUAUCUUACUUGUCCAUCUUGAACGGGAAGCGAUUUCUCUGAGUGCAUUUGAAACUUUCUACAUGCCCGAAUGAGGAAUAAGAGAUAUUGACUCUUCUUUGUUAAAUUUUGUAAAUUUUUUAUUGUAAAAAUGUACUGCUUUACAAAUAAAUUUAAUAGAAAAUGA